ACGAUCGGUUUGGUUUGUUGUCAAUGGAGUUGUUUGUUUAUUUUUGUAGCGUUGGAAAUUUAUUCUGCUUGUGGUGCCGUUCGUUGCGAAAUAAAAGCAUGGAUCUGGACGGUAACAACGAUUUUGAAGAAAUAAACGCCGAGUAUAUCGAGAGCGAAUACGAUACUGACAAAGAUGAAGAUAAAUCUCGCUGGGGAGCAAGUGAAACAAGCGGAGAUGAAAUAUUCGUCAGAGUUUUGAAACUUUAUGGAAAGGUUCUUUUGGAGAAAAGUCAAGUUCCUGAAGUGAAACGUAAAAAGAAAACUGCGCUAAAAGUGGUAGAAGAACAGCUUCUGAUUCAGUACGGGAUUUCGAUGUCUGGAAAACAGAUAAGCAAGAAAAUGUAA